AGGAAUGAAAGGUUAGGAGAUUUGAAAAUUUCGUGCACGCACGAGGAAGAAGGCAGGCAACCACUCCACGUGAUAAUAAGGUUCUUUCAAUAAUAUUGUGAGUCUUCUUGAUCUCUUCCAAGUAACUCUUACAUAUCAUCCUGUUUGUCUGACAGAUUCAAUGUGAAUUCCUCCGAUUGGUUUGUCCCCACGUCUUAGACGGUUUUGCCUGUUUCAAAUCCGCAUAGCUGUUUCAAUCGCAUCCUGCCUCAAUCUGUUUGACUGAUUCUGUCCAGCCGUCCUCUUCAGUCAUGAAUUCCGACUAUGAAAUAAGAAUUACCCCGUCAAAGGGAAAGGCACUGUUUGCUUUGAAAACUUUCAACGAAGGAGAUAUCAUACUGGAAGAAGAACCAGUUGUUUCUUGUCAGUUUUUGUGGAAUGCUGCUUACAAAUACUUAGCUUGUGAUCACUGUCUCCGGCCUCUUGAAACUGCAGAAGAAAAUGUGCGGAGACUCACUAAUAACAUGAGCAUAUCUUUACCUCACAUGAAAUGCUGUGAAACGGAUAAGUCAUCGCAAACUGCCUGCCUCUUCUGUGGAGUUCUUUAUUGCAGCAAUCAGUGUCAAGAAACUGCUUACAGUAGGUACCAUCGAAUGGUGUGCCAUAGUGCUGAUCAUCCUCUGGCACGGCUUUGUGAUCUGUGGAAGAGUAUACACUAUCCCCCUGAAACAGCUAACAUAAUGAUGAUUGCACGGAUAAUAGCACUGAUAGAGCAAGCUGAGAACAAGCAAGCUGUAGUGGAUGUAUUUUCGCAGUUUUGCCAAAGAAGUGUCAAUGAAAAUGAACAGUUGAUCAUUAAACUUCUUGGAGAGGAAUACAUGGCAGUUUUGGAGGAAAUCCGUCAGCUAUUAGUCGAAGCUUUUCCAUCUGAUCUUUCAAAGCAGUGGCUAAGUCCGGAAGGAUUCUUAUCUCUCCUGUCGUUAAUUGCAACAAAUGGUCAAGGAGUUGGCUCAACAGCUUUUGGUCAGUGGGUGAAGAACGUGUCCAAUAUUCAAGUGGCUCCUGAAGAGAAGGCCUCUAUCGACAACCUGAUUCAACUCUCCUACGCCCAAAUGGAUGAACAUGUUGGUUGUUUUUUAAAUAAUGAAGGAUCUGCGCUCUACAGCCUGGAAAGCAGCAUCAAUCACAGCUGUGUUCCCAACGCAGAACCCUGUUUUUUACACAAUAAUUUUAUGAUUACUGUAAAAGCAGUGAAGAAUAUUUCACCAGGCGAAGAAAUAUGCAUAAGCUAUUUGGAUGAGUGUGUUACCAGUAGGAGGCGUUACUUUCGGCAAAAAAUUUUAAAAGAGAAUUACCUGUUCAUAUGUCGAUGUGAAAAGUGCGAACUUGAAGUGAAUGAUCCCGAUGAAAGUAGCGAUGAGGACAGUGAAGAUGAAUCAGCGAUGGAAGACAGUGAUCAAGAAAGUGGUUUUUCGUAAGCAGUUAUUGUAUAAUACAAACUUAAAAGAAUUUUGUGGAAUAAAUUCUGGCAAAAGGAGUUCUUGGGGAAACAAUGUCUGCUCAUUAUCCAUUGUCAUUUUCUUUGAAUGCAACCUCAGCUUAAAAAUCAGCUAGAUGGAAACAUCUCUUAACUCACAGCCUCCAUGUAUUUAUCCUUAGUUGGGUCUUUGAUCUGUAGGUGGACAGAAGGGCUCCUGCCAGAACCUUUCCGUGUUAAGGUGACUCUGUCUGCCUUUUUGGACAUUUCUUUCGCGUUAGAGGUCUUGGGCUUGGUUAUUUUUCUACUCAUUUCAUUCGAGGGAGUUUCUUUCGUUAUCUCAAAGAAACGUUUUUUGGUAUUUGCAUUGAAGAAAUACUGGGCUCUACAGGACUCUAGGGUGGCUUCGGCAUCAUCGAACGGAAUACUUUUUUUAGCCAUCAGGUAGUUAAUCUUACUGUUAGUAAGCCAAGAUGGGCAGUCUGGAUCAGUUGACUGGUUUACCACUACAGUUUGUGCACGUAAAGCCGGCUACGCCACAUUCCGUCUCAGUGUACACACCCUUUUUACAUCUCUGGCAAACAGGUUUGCCUCUACAGCUAAAUUUGGUGUGUCUGAAUCUGAAACAAUUGUAGCACUGCCUGUAGAAUACACAAGAGGAAGAACCGUUGUUAGAGACUUGGAACAAGUGGCAAACAUUUGCAUGCAAAAUUACGCCAGGAGUGAAAAGCAGUGUGCGAUUUAAUAGACUGAUGAUUGAUCAUGCAAUGCAAUCCAAAAGUGA